AUGGUUCAGGGUUAUUGUGAAGGAGUAAUUGGAAGAUUUCGUGGCAAGGAUGUAUCAUUUUAUAACCCAUUAAAGUCAUCAAAUUCUUUAAAACCAGGUGACCAUCUAUCAGACGAAAUAAUAUCUUCUGAUACAAUUCAAAUGAGAUCAAGAGCUUCUUCAAUAUCUUCUAUCGACAUUGAUUCAGGAAGAAAUUCACCUUGUUCGCCUGUUCCGUCAUUAUCGAAGAGCACUAUCCCAAGUUCCAUUAACGAUGAUGUUAAUGGUAACUCAUCUCAAACGUGGACUAAUACAAAAGAUAUUGAAAAUUCACUUAAUAAUAAUAAUGUCCUUUCAAGCACUUCUUCAUCAUUAAAUAGUAAUAAUCUUGAUGGAUCACUUGCAUCACAAAAAAAAACAUCACUAAUUUCAAAUGAUCAAUCAAAACUUCCUCCAUUAUCAUUCAAUGGUAAUAGUCAAAAAGCACAUUAUAAUCAAGAUAAUCAAGACGUUCAGUCUUUAAAAAAUUCACCAAGAAAAAUGUCUAUUUCGCCAUCAAUUCAACUUGAUCAAUCAUUUAAUCCUAGAAGGAAAAAUUCUGCCCCUCUGAUAUCUAAUAAUGAAAUACAAAUUAAUUCUGGUAGUUUCAGAAAAAAUUCUGCGCCAACAACUCUGAUUGAUAAGGGUAAACUGAUGCGUAAAACAUCACACGAUGAUAUAGGGAGUCAAAUAUCCUUUGGUUCUACAAUUUAUGUUCCUACAAAAUCAGAUAAUAAUAAAACAGCAACUUCUUCAGAUUCUUCACCCAAUUCAUCUAUAAAUUCUAUUCAAAGAACUCAAGAUUUAGAACCUACCACACCGAUGACCCCGAGAACGCCAGUUUCGCCGACAUCCUUUUUAAACGUGGGACCACCUCAACCAACACCAACACAAGUACCUAACCCAGACCGUCCGGUUAUUAUUAAACCUCCAGUUAGAAAAAGUUCCAUAAUCCCGGAUAGCUUACAGAACUAUGAGAAGAGGCCUCAAGAAAAUAUUAGGAGUGUUAGUGGUCGAAAUUCACCGUCUUUGCCAGCUUCGCCUACUUCUCCUAUAAUAUCUAAACCAAAAAUUCAGUUAAAUUCUUCCGGAAUAUCUAAUAAAGGAAAUCCCACUAAUCAACAUGACAGAUCCACAUCACCCAUACCUCAGAUUUGUAUCGACAAGCAAGACAUGAACAUUCAUUUAAAUAAUGUUGUGAAUAGAAAUAACAAUUCCUCAAAUAAACCUGUGCCUUCAUCACAAUCAAUUCCUCUAAUCAAAGUUGUAGACAGUGAUUCUUAUGAAAGUGAUUUUGGCAUUAAAAAGGCUCCUGGAAGUGCUAAUGACUUUUCCCCUCCGAUGCCAGCAUUUAUGAUAGAAGCAGCUAAUGAUAUUAGUGGUAAUGAAAGUGAAGAUCUUAGUUCUGAAGACGAAGAUGAUUCGGAUGAAAAAUUCCUAGAAGAUAAUAAUAGAACUUCUCAAUCAAAAAAAGAUAAAGUGGUUGCAAUUGAUGAAUAUGGAUUUGUACAUAAUGUUGCGGAAGAAGAAAUUCCUGAAGGUGCUGAUGGGGUUCAAAGAAUAGUAAAAGCUCUUGGUUCCUCGGAAAGAAACUCACGUACCAUUCGUUUAUAUCGUGAACGCGAAGCAAAAUGGGUUUCUAUAUUAGCGAAUAUGGAUCCUACAAUGUCAAGGGGAUCUAAAAAGAUCAAGAAGUUAGUUCGUUUAGGUAUUCCAGAGUCAGUUCGAGGAAAAUCAUGGCAAUUAUUGGCAGGUGUACACAAAUAUAGACAACGAGGUGUUUAUGAUGAUUUAUGUAAACGAGAAAAUCUUCCCAUAUAUGAUGUGAUUGAGAGAGAUAUUCGUCGAUGUUAUCCUGAUCAUAUUCAAUUUCGUGAAGAUACAGGUUUUGGACAAGAUGAUCUUCACAAUAUAUUGAGAGCGUACGCACAUUAUAAUCAAUCAGUAGGAUAUUGUCAAGGUAUGGGAAGAUUAGUUGGAAUGAUGUUAAUGCAAAUGCCAGCCGAAGAUACAUUUUGGCUUCUCGUGGCUACUAUUGAAGAAUACAUGGUUGGAUAUUUUACCCCGACGUUGUCACAAGUACGGAUCGACUCCAUUGUAUUUAAACAUUUAUUAUUUGAACAUGAUCCUAAAUUAGCACAACAUUUGGCUGAUAAUGAUAUAGUUCCACUAACGUAUACGACUCAAUGGUUCAUGACAAUAUUUACCAUGGCAUUACCAUGGGCAUCGGUUCUUCGUGUUUGGGAUAUAUUUUAUCUUGAAGGAGUUAAAUUCUUCUUUCGAGUUGGUUUGGCAAUAUUAGAUUGUACACGUGAACACAUUUUAAAGAGUUGUCCAUCGACUUCAGAAAUUUUGGAAUUUUUAUUACACAUACCACCUGAAUUUUUAACACCAAAUUUACUUCUAGAAGCAGCAUUUAAGAUAAAAGUGAAAAGUAGCACAAUUCGAAGGAUGACAAAGAGAGUAUCGGAGAUUGAAAGUAAUAAUAGUUCAGGUACUGAUACGCCAAAUCCAAUUUAUAGUGUUGUUAAAGAUAAAAGAAAUAUAAUGAAAAAAUCGAAAAGUACAGAUAAAUUAAGAAUUGAUGGAAUUGAAUUUAAAAUAAUUGGUGAGGGUAGUAAUUCCUAA